AUGAAUGAAAUAAAGAAUAUUUCUGUUGAAGCAUAUGAAUAUCUAGCUGCUAUUCCUACAAAACACUGGUCUAGGCAUGCUUUUUCUAGUAGGAGUAAGUCUGGGAUGUUGUUAAAUAAUUGUUGUGAGGCAUUCAAUAAUGUGUUAGUAGAAGCAAAGGGGAAACCUAUAAUUUCUCUAAUGGAGUGGAUUAGAAGAUAUGUGAUGCAAAGAAGUGCAGCUAAAAGGGAAGGGCUGAGUAACUUUGAAGGUGUGUUGAUGCCAUCUAUCAGCAAAAUGAUUGAAAAAAAUGCAAAGGAUAUAUAUGGUUUAAGGCUAAUCCCAGUGGAUGUGUUUGAGUUUGAGGUGGAUGAUGAUGACGACUCUUACGUUUACUUGGCCAAUAAGACUUGCCAUUGUGGAAGCUGGAAACUUAUUGGGAUCCCUUGUAAACAUGCAAUGGCUUGUGUUGUUCUUAGAAAAUUAGAUGCCAAUGAAUUUGUCCACGAGGCGUAUCUUGUAGAAACGUAUGUAAAGACGUAUGGUCCAAAGUUUCAUGGUAUGCCAGGACACAAAAUGUGGCCCACAACCACUUUAGCCAGACCACUUCCUCCACCAUUUCGAACGAUGCCUAAAAGGCCUAACAAGAGGAAAAGAAAGAAGGAAGUUGAUGAAGGAAAAGGAGGUAAGAAGCCUGUAUGUGUUGUUAGAGAAUUCAAGCAACGAAAAUGUGGUAAUUGUGGUAACCUAGGUCACUACAAAAAAGGCUGCAAGAAUCCACCCAAACCACCACCAACAAAGAUCAAGUUAAAGGGUGGAAGGCCUAAAAAAGGAUCUUCUUCUACUCAACAGUCUACAACAAAUGAUGUGCCUAGCUCCAGUAGUCAACAACAAACGCAAACUGCAACAACUGCAUCUACUUCAUGUGUAAUGGAUCAAAUUAGUCAAAUAUAG